CGCGGCGGAUUUUGGGUUAGAUGGAUUCUUGAAGUGGUAAACCAUUGACAUUCUCGUGUAUGUCUACGUGUCACUUGGUGACUAUGUGUGCUGCUUUGUGUGUUUCACACCUUGUCUGCCACCAUACAUUCUCAACUCAUCUACUGCACACGUGAACUUGCCUGGGGAGGAUUACCGGGUUUGGAGUGAGCGUGCUGGUGAACUACAUACUUGUGUUUAGUACUAUCUCAAGAUGUCGACCUCCGGGCGACGCGAAGAAGAACGUGACAGUUACGAUCGAAGACGUGAUGAUGAACGUGGGAGUAGAGAACGCCGCACUUAUCGUCCUGUGGUGUGUUUUAACUGUAACGAGGAAGGACAUUACGCCAACCAAUGCCCGCAACGGGGCGGACGGGCUAGUCGACCUUUGACGUCGACAGAUUCAAGACGUUCUCGUUCACCGAGGCAUGCUGAGUUCGGCCGCCGGCUGCCCCCGCAAGGGGAAUCGGAAUUGAGGGCGAAGGUUGCGGAGUUAUCAAAGGGCAUUGCGACAAUCAAGGAGCACUUUGACGAGGUACGCGCGAAGAAAGAAGAGAAGGCCCGCAAGAAGUGGGAGAAGGAGCAGCAGAAGGAGGAAGCAAAGCGCAAAGAAGAAGAGGAAGAGCGACUGAGAGCCGAGGAAGCGGUGAAACGUGAGGCUAAGAAGAAGAAGAGAGAUGAGAAGGCCAGGAAGGAAGCCAUCGCACGAGCUGAAAUGAAGAAGGAGGUAACGCUACAUGCAGCGAAGAUGAUAUGUGAGAUUAAGGAUGACUUUCUACAAGAAUGGAAGACAGCGAUACUACCAGGGACUAUCGGUGGCGUGAAGGAUAUGAAAGGCAAGAAGGCGGUAGAAUUUGUCACCAAUGAUGACGAAGGGUCGGACUAUAACUCCGAAGGAAGUGAGACAAGUGUCACACAGGAGUUGAGUGUCAAGACGGGUAGACUAUGCCUAGCAGAAAAGAGGAAACGGGAGGAAGACGUGAAGAUGGAGGAUAGUCCUCCGAUGGAGUUGCCAGCCAAACGGACUCCGCGGAGGCCCAGCCUCAAGUUGGUUCCGAGUUUAGGAUUAACUCGCUCGAAGAGUAAAGCGAAGGUCCCACGCAUGGUGAUUCCGGCGAAGACGCGCACCCCCGUGAAGACCCCAUUGUCCAAGCUGAGCAAGCCAAAGAAGACUCCACCGACGGGGAGAUUGACCCCGGCUAGCAAAGCGCUGGCGCGACUGAGGUUCCGCGAUGCCGUGAUCAAAGAAAUCAAGGAUUGCAAUGCCGACGAAUUACAGCGUAUGUGCCGGGAGGAGGGCAUACACUAUGAUGGUAAGCUGGACGCUAUCUUUGGCCUAGCGGAGCACCGAGCGCAAUGGCACUUUGGGCGCGAGGGUGAGGUUGAAGUCGUUCGACCGAUAGAGCUCGGGUCCGAUUCAGUUGAAGCCGAGGGUUCCGCGGGUAUGGACUUCCCGCGUGUGAAUGAACAUGUGAAGUUUCGGCUUAGCGAGGUAGCUGACUUGCACCCGCUGUUGUCGAACGCGAACAAUGUGCCGAAGAUCGAGGCGCCGAAUAGAUUGGAGUUGUUGAGAAUGGAACAACGUGAGGGUUUUUUGAAUUGGAAGAAUUUGGGUGGUGAGAUUCCGGAUUGCGAUGGGGUUGACUUGUCUGCUUGCCUGACGUCAGGGGAUGAACCUUUGUCCUGUUUGUCUUUGAAAGAUGUCACAGAGCUGAAAGAGCGCUUGAAGGGCUUGGUGAUAUCGCCCGUAGAUAGGAAUCCCGGGGAGACUGUUGUGAUGUGUCCUAUUACGUACUAUGAUGCCAUGAUGAGCACGUUUAUUUGCAAUCCAGGUUACCGACUUGUUGAUAGCUCGGAGGGGGAGAUCUUGCGGGAAAUCCGCGAGGAUACCCUACGACGAGGAAUCAUCAGAUCGGUGAGUUGGGAUGCCACGGGAUCGUUUGGUGCGGCUUAUGUGAUUCCGAAGCAGAAAGAUCUAGGCAGGUAUAGACCUAUCUGCCCAUCGUUCAAUGAGACGAUGGUCAAAACCGCACGGACGAUGAGCAAAGCGCUGAAUCACCUGUUGAGUCGGCUGCCAAGAAGGUGGCAUUUCAACCUGCGAGCUGUGUCUGACUUGUCGACGCAGUUGGAUAAGAUCAAUGAAAGAUUGGACAGGUUACCUGGUGAUAGGCAAAUCAGUUCCUACUCCUUUGACAUCAAGGAGAUGUUCUCCAAAUUGCCGCAUGAGUCGAUUUUGAAUGCUGUGGAUUGGAUCAUAGAUCACCAUCGAGUGAAGGGACACGAGUUUGUGAGAGUUAAUACCCGAGGUAAAGGGGCAACCUUCGGGUUGACAACAGGGGAUGACCACUGGAAGAAACUGGACUUGGAAACGGUCAAACAGUUUGUGCAUCUCGAGAUUGAACACACCUACUUCUUUGCUACGGGAGUUUUGCUUAGACAGGUAGUGGGUGUUCCCAUGGGCAAGAGCAUGAGCCCACCGAUUGCAUGUUUUAUGUUCACCUUCUCCGAGUACCAGAUGACCUGUACACUUGGACGAAGCUGUCGCAUGUUUGGGGCAUUGAGAUUGAUUGAUGAUGUGCUGUUGAUUGUUUCAAGCCAAGAUGAGACGACACGCCUGUGGAUUGUCCGGGCGUUGGCAAGUUGCUACCCGGACGGACUGGUGUUGAAAAGAACAGACAAUGGAUCGGGCACGGCAGAGUUUCUGGGCUGUGAAAUCAGAACUCAGCAGUUGUACCCUUUCAUUGGUUGUGUACAGUUGUCCAGGAACGAGAAUUGCAUCUGGAACCAGGAGAAGUUGACCAUACAGAAUGGCCAGUCAUUCCACUCAUGGGGUAGCAAAAAGCAAAAGAGUGCGACUAUUGGCAGCCACCUGCAUCGUAUCCAACAAAACACUUCGAUUCGAUCAGAAAUUCCUGGACGAGUGUUGGGCCUGCAGCAGGCACUGGUCAGGGAGGACUUUCCACUGAGGUUUGUAAACAGGGUUUUUCAACGUUUUGGUAGUCAGCGUGAUGAGUUGUGGAGACGGACCAUAGACUUCGUGUGUGAUGAGUAGCAUAUGCCACACGUGGAUAGGGUUAGUACUAUGUGUUCGUCAGUAUGGUGCUAUGCAUGUUGAGGGAAUUGUAUGUGGGCGGUAGUCUUGUAGUUGUUUAGUUUCGUAGCCUCUGUAGAGUUUCGAACCGGUUACCGGUGAGACGACCGCUGAUUCGUGUUUUUGAGGGUUCGACCCUGGGUCCGGGUUGACGGUUCGACCUGGGAUUUUUCGUAAUUGGACUCGUGGCUAUUCGAACCUGGAACCUGAACUCGGUCAACCCAUCUCAGGGAGGGGUAGGACCGCGUGGGGAAUUUGGUUGAUGCUUUCGAUAAAUACGUAGUUGUAGA